GGAUGCGCCGCGGCUCCGGGGAGCGGCUCCAGCAUCCCGGCUCUCCGGGACCCUCCGCACGGUGCCGUGCCGUGACGAGCCGUGCCGUGCCGUGACGAGCCGCCCCGCGUGGGCGGGCUGCGCAGCGCUAUAAGGCGGCCCCACGGCGGCGGGCGGCGCGGUGCCAUGUGCGCCCCGGGGCUGCUCUGCCGCCUCCUCCUCCUCCUCCUCCUUCUCCUCCUGGCAGCCGUCCCCGGAGCGGCCCCCGGCACUGGAGCGGCCCCACCGGGACGGCCCCGCGCCCGCCGUGGGCUCACCUACCCCGGGACGCUGUGGUGCGGUGCAGGCAGCAACGCGGAUGCCUACGAGCAGCUGGGGGAACACCGCGACACGGACCGGUGCUGCCGGGACCAUGACCACUGCCAGCACGUCAUCCACCCCUUCACCGCCCGCUACGGGUACCGCAACCUGCGCUGGCACACCAUCAGCCACUGUGACUGCGACCGCAGGUUGAAGGAGUGCCUGAGGCAGGUGAACGACACAGCCUCGCGGGUGGUGGGCCAGGCCUUCUUCAACGUCAUCCAGGUGCCCUGCUUCGAGUUCACCUACAAGGAGGAAUGCGUGGAGCCCUACCUCUACGUCUGGUGCAAGGCGUACAACACGGUGGCCAUCGCGGUGCCGAGGGAGCCGGUGCUGUAUGAGUUCGGUGGGGAGCUGAUCGACCGGGCAGCGAGGCCCGGGGGGUUCCCUCUGAGCCCCCCAUGGAGCAGCACGGGUGGAGGAGCCAUCCCACUGGAGCAUCACGCACCUGCCCGCCCGCUGUCCCCCCCCAAGGCAGCCAAGAAAGAUAGGAAGAGGAAGAAGAAAGACAAGAAAAAGAAGGGGAAAGGUCUGAAAAAGAAAGGCCCUUCCAAAAAUGGGGAGCUCAGCCGUUCUGCAGCCACCGCCCCCCCUGGGCAGGACACACAGGCCCUGCUGCCAGACUUGGGGGAAGCAGCCAACGCCAUCCUGAGUGAUGCCCCGGCACAGGAAGGCUUGGGCAGGGACCCAGCCCCAGCCCCCCCAUCCCCGGUCCCCACUGCUAGCGGGAAGAGGAGGAGGAAGGAGAGAAACAGAAAGAAGAGGCUGAAAAGCAAAGCUGAGGCAGAGCCUGCACAAUGGCUCUGACUCCCCCCUCGCGGGUCUUGGCUGUGUAAUAAAGUUGGUCGCUUG